GGACGUAAAUUAAUUAUUUAUCAGUCGGGGCAAAUUCUUCCUUCCCUUUCUUAUGCAACGCGGGUUAAAUUCUUUGCCAUAUUCUUCGUCUUGGGCGUCUUGCUGACAAUUUUGGUAACUUUUCCUAUUGUCUCAUUUGUCAGAGUAAUUUAUUUUUCCUAUUGCCAGGUAGUGGAAUCAGUAUUUUUCACUUUUUUUCUAAUGGGGCCCGUUAAUCAGUGUAAACGAAUGUUUGCAAAGUCCCGAAUUAUUGCAGCCUCCUUUGUUCUGGUAAGUUGCCUAUUACGCUCAUCUACGCCGCUCUGUCUAAUUUUCUCAAUCCUUCAGUCUCUCUCCUUAACAUGGUAUUCAUUAUCAUUCAUCCCAUACGCACGGUAA